AUGUGGACCUACAAGCCCAAGGGCCGUUUGUGCCUCCCACGACAAGGCCCCGACCCAAAACAAGAGUCCUAUGACAGCUUUAUUGCUUCCCUUACUUGCACACGGUUUUUAGCAUGGGCUCAACACAAUUGGGACUCGAUGGUCGAUGCAACUAUCGAGAGGUGGUUCGAAACAUGGCCUGAACUUGCACCAGCUCGGGACUUCGAGCGGGAAACGGCCAAAGAGUAUCAAGAUCGAAAGAUAUCUUCGGUAGCAAAUAAAAUCCAUUUGACGCUUUGCCAAAAAAUUGUGAUCGAACUGCUUGACUAUUGUUUGAAUCAUGCAGAUGGAGCUGAAGGCUGGGUCAGUGAGCUUGAGAGGCUCAGGCGGCGUGCCGGCGUUUCAUGUAUCGGCUUAGAUAGAUGGCUGGAGUUCAUCACCUCUGUGGAGGCAGUACGCGCUCAGAUGGGGCUUGAGUACGAUGGGUUGGAUGACCAUAGCUGGAGAGCAGAAAUGGCAACAGCCCUCAACAACAGUGAUUUUGAAUCCUUCACAACAUAUAACCGAGAGCCCCUCGACGGCACACCUGAAGACGAUUAUGACCGUGUCGAAAAAUAUCACCUUGCAUUAGGCAAGCCAGUUGGAAAGUGGUAUUAG